UACACCGACAUUUCCGCGCCCUGAAAUCUAUCCCGGCGAUGCAGAGUCUCAGUCCGUUUUCCGGCAGCGGGAAACCCAACUCCGGCGGCCGGGGCACCGCCGAUCGGCCGGAUUCGUCCCCGAUCUCCGUGUACUCCGACACUUCCAGCAGCCGGAAAAGUACAUACAGUUCCAGCAGCGGGAAAAGCACAUCUGGCCGGAAUCCGGUCAGAAUCGCCGCUCGAGCUCUCGGCGCGUGUUUCUCCCCGUCGGAGGUGAUAUCUUCGAAAGAUGAAGAUCUCGACGACUCCAAAGCUGCUUCUGUUUCAUCUGAUUCUUCAAAAAGUAAUAAUCGGAGGAGGCGUUUGAGUGGAGGGAUCUACUCCCCUUCAUACAAUUCUACCCAUAGUGAGCCAGGCGGUGUGAAAUUCACUUUGGAGGAGAUCUACAAAGCUACAAGAAACUUCUCCCCAUCUUUCAAGCUUGGACAAGGUGGGUUUGGUACAGUUUACAAAGGAAGACUCGAGGAUGGCACUUAUGUUGCUGUUAAACGUGCAAAGAAGAGUGUAUAUGAUAAGCAUCUGAGUGUGGAAUUCCAGAGUGAAAUCCAGACUCUGGCGCGUGUCGAGCAUUUGAAUUUGGUUAGGUUUUUUGGCUAUUUGGAGCAUGAAGAUGAAAGAAUUGUUGUUGUGGAGUACGUGCCCAAUGGAACUCUUAGGGAGCAUUUGGAUUGCAUGCAUGGGAGCACUCUUGACCUUGCUGCUCGGUUAGAUAUUGCCAUUGAUGUGGCACAUGCUGUUACUUAUCUUCACAUGUAUACAGACCGUCCUAUUAUACACAGAGACGUUAAAUCUUCAAACAUUCUCCUUACGGAAAAUCUCCGAGCCAAGGUAGCUGACUUUGGAUUUGCUCGCCUGGGGGCAACUGAUGAGGGAGUCACUCAUGUUUCCACCCAAGUUAAAGGAACUGCUGGCUAUUUAGAUCCAGAAUAUCUCAGAACUUAUCAACUCACUGAGAAAAGCGAUGUUUACUCUUUUGGCGUAUUGCUGGUGGAACUAAUGACGGGAAGGCGCCCUAUUGAACCCAAAAAGGAACUCAAAGAACGGGUAACAGCAAGAUGGGCAAUGAAGAAAUUCACUGAUGGAAAUGCACUUGAAACAUUGGAUCCAAGAGUUUCACGCACUGGGGCCACCAAUCUGGCAUUGGAAAAGAUUUUUGAGCUGGCGUUGCAAUGCCUAGCUCCGACCAGACAGAGCCGGCCAAGCAUGAGGAGGUGCGCGGAGAUCCUGUGGAGCAUCCGUAAGGAUUACAGAGAGCUCGCAGCCUCGGAUAUCGAAUCCCAGUCUUCAAAUUCCCACAGGAACAGCACUUCUCUUGGAGAAGAAUAAAUGCCAUCUGGGUUUUGGCAUUUAAAAAAAAAAAGAAAAAAAAAAGAGGAGGAUUGGCUUCAAAGAAGCCUGGAAAUUUUGCCGACAAGGACACGUUGGCUGCUUUGAAUUGUCAUGAAUAUGAGUGUGGCUGGCAUCUGACGUGAGGUGGGGCGCAACGUUGCUUUAAAAGGAGUGGUUCGUUUAUGAAGGGGAAAUGAAUAUGAUGAUGAAGAUGGGUGUUGGUGGGUGAAGUAGGUCAGUACAUAAUACACUUUAUAUAACUAUAUUGAUGAAUUUCAAUGUAAAGACAAAAAAAAAAAAAAAAAAAACAGGAUGGGGGAAGUGCUAUUGGCUCAAAUAGCAUAUCUUUUUCUUGUUUUUUUUUUUUACAAAAAAAAUUGUUUUUUUGUGUUUUGGAAUAUUAUGUACCAUAGUGAGGAUUUCUCCUUUUGACCAAAUAAUAGAAAUUGCAUGCGUAUGGGUCUCUAA